AUGGAGGUUGUUGAGUCGCCGUCUAAAAGACGGCCGAGGUUCCAGUAUACCCUAUUGGAAGAAUAUCCUCUGCCAUUACCAGCAGCAGAUGAAGAGGACCCCCUGGAUGUUUUGAGGACUAGGGCCUUCCGUUGGGCCGAGGACAGGAGUCAAGCAGUUGGCGAUUUCCGAUCGCCCCAAUGGACGUCUGAAGGCUAUGUCUUGGUUGGCAAGUGUAUGAAGCACGCCGAUUGCCACGCAGGCAAGGGCCGUUUCUUUAAGUUCCAUGGUGGCCAGGCAGAAAAUCUGCGAACCUACAUUCUUUCUGUUUGGACCAGUGGCGAAUGCGCAGGAGAAGAUCGUGUGCUACGUCCAACAGUGGCUUGUGGUACUGGUCCGACUCACCAGGACCGCGAGGAUGUUCUGCAGGUUGCUGACCAGCUGCUAGCGCGCAACGUGCCCUGCACCCCUACCAAUGUAUCGGCCAAGCUGAAACGCUUGAUCGAGCCAAAGCACAUCGCUGCCAUCUUGAGACAGCGAAGGAAACAGUUUGGAAGGAACACGUCGCAGUUGCAAGCCAGCGUUCCUGAGUUCGAGGCUUGGGCUGUUGCAAGCAGCAAUGACUACGAAGCAGAUCUUCGUUUUGCGCGAUAUGAGAUCCGCCCAGAGGUGCUGUGGGGCCUGCUGGUGCGUCCUUUUUGGGAGAAGCUACAGGAACUUCUUCCAGAACCCCUUCUGGAUGUGGUGAUUUGUCUUGACUUGGCAGGUGCUUGGGAGGAAGGCGGGGUUGUGCAAGAUGGAGGGAACGUAUUCUUCUGUAGGUGGACAAGGUCGUUCUGGCCACUUAUCCUGGCCAUGUGGCCGGGCAACGAGGACAACGAGGCGUACCAGGAAGUCGUGGAUGUUUUCCGCGAAGAACUUCACAGACGUGGCAUGGUGCCACCGAAGCAGCUGCACGUAGAUUGGCUGCGCGGCGCGCAACCGAGACGCCGAGGCAGGGCUGGUCGGGGACGUGGACAAGGAAGGGGCGGCAGGCGAGGGCGUGGUGUGGCGGCCGCAGAGCAGCCGUGCCCCAUGCAGCAGGGCCCGGAGCGUGCCAUUCCACCUCACCUGACUUCACCCGCUUUGUCUCAGAGUCCGGUUUUAGCGACCAUGCUCGCCUUUCAUCUCUUCUGGAAGGUCACGCUCAGGAGAAUGAGGGAGCGCUGGCCAGACCCGCAGUUUGCGAAUUACUUCUUUCAAUCAAGGAGGAGGUUUUCCAGGAACGGACUUCGUGCGUCGCAACAGACGGCGGAACAAGCCUGGCGCUGCCUGAAGCGUCAGUUGGCGCCUCACGAAGUCUGCGCCCACAUGGAUCUCAUCCAGGCCCUGAGGCGAACUGUGCAGAUUUGGUCACAGCCACUGACGGACGAGCUUGCCAAGUGCGACAAGGGUGUGAGGACUUUGAUGGCAACUCGUCGGGGGGUUCAUUUGCAGCGACCACAGACGCCGGACCCUUGGAUGCUGGCUGACGGUCAGACGAUUCGACGGCCGGGAGGGUUGCAAACCUACUUUCCCAGCAUCGGCACCAUUGUUAACAAAAGCAAAGCCCGUGGUGGCGUGUCAAUUCAGCGCUUGGAUAUGCGCAACAAGACAUUUUUGGCCAUGGCGGUGGGCAAGCCAGUAGCAGUGCCUCAGGGGCACGCGCGCAAGUUGUAUGACUUCCUGGCUCAACAGACUGAGGCGCAGCUGUUGCAGCAGUGGCAGGCCGAGGGCUUUGUUGUGGAGGCCGCGGGCGAGCCUCCCCGCAUGAGUCUCAAAGCCCUGCGCCAGGUGUCCCUUUUGAAAUGA